CCGGUGGGCCGGUGGGUGCAGUGGUUUGAGCGCCCAACCCAAGAGUCGUAAGCAAAGCGAGAGGAGACACCGAGAGGGAGCGAGAGAGAGGGAGAGAGAGAGAGCGAGAGAGAGAAAUGGCGUUGAGAUCAGCCCUACUUCGCCAUGUCCGAGUACCUGUUCAAACCCUAACCCUAACUGCUCGCAGAUUUGACCAGCCAUUGAGGGCUUCCACCACUCUUCUCCGGUGGAUGUCCUCGCACGACGACCAUCUCACCAAAGAAGAGGUCAUCGACAGAGUUCUCUCCGUCGUCAAGAGCUUUCCCAAAGUCGAUCCUUCCAAGGUUUCUCCCGAUGUACAUUUUGAGAAGGAUUUAGGCUUGGACAGCUUGGACAGUGUGGAGAUUGUGAUGGCUUUGGAGGAGGAGUUCAAGUUGGAGAUUCCGGACAAGGAAGCUGAUAAGAUUGACUCCUGUAAUCUUGCCAUUGAGUACAUCUAUAACCAUCCAAUGGCCGGUUAAUUUUCUUAUGGGGUGUCUUUUUCGCUUUAAAAUUGAUCUGCUCAAGCUUUAUUUCUUUUUGUUUAUUUGCUGUUUGUAGAAAUUUGAGUCCAUCUUGGGUGGAAAAUAAUUUGAAUCUGUUUCAAAGAAAACAGCCUUUCCUUAACUAAUCUGUUUCUGUGGCAAAACUUCGGUGUCCUAUCUGCGCUUCAAAUUUAAACAGUUAUUGGCGUCGGCUAUGUUCUGUCAGUUCGUGGAUUUGCUUUUGUUCCUGUCCAUGGUUUAAGCAUUCCUAUUUAGUUCCUUUUGACUUGUAACUUGUUAGAAGGUUUCAAGUGCAGGUUCUAGUAGGUAAUAAAUAAUAUGCGUUACUUUUUCUUAUGUAGUUUUAUCACUUGCAAUUUAAAUCAAAGUUUUGGUACUAGUACCAAUUUUAGUA